UUUACAAUGCGAUGACUGGAAGCGAUCCUCUUCACCAGCCGCUUUAGCCACGAUCGAUUUAUGGUUUGUUGAGCAUCGUUAUCACUUUCUCGCCUGCAGCGACCCAACACCACCAAGAUGGCGCUGCAGCUCCAGACACGGGGACGCGGAGGAUCGGGAAGUUCGGCCUCUUGUGAUCACAACUCUGUGAUCCUUCCAAACAGGAGCAGCAGCGGCGCUGUGAGCAGAGCUGGGAGAAGUGCGGCGAUCGGGAGCCGGGCACUGCCACACACAGCCCUGAGCAUCGGCAACGAGCGCAUCCCCCCGCACUGCAGUCUGGGGAGAACUUGGCCGGGCGGUGUUGGGGAGGGGGGGAGCACGGCGAAGAUGAAUCGAAGUUUCAGCAAGUCCCAGACUCUGCGGUAUGUGGCCAGCAGCGCUGUGGAGGUGAAGAGUAAGUAUGGAGCUGAAUUCAGACGGUUUUGCCUUAAUCGGUUCAAACCAGGAAAUUUUGAGGAAUUCUACAACCUUAUACUUCAAGUCCAUAAUAUCUCCAAUGUGGAUGUUAUGCUUGGAUAUGCAGAUAUUCAUGGUGAUCUUCUACCCAUUAACAAUGAUGAUAAUUUCUUAAAAGCUGUGUCAAGUGCCAACCCCCUCCUAAGAGUAUUUAUUCAAAAACAAGAAGAAGUAGACUACAACACAUUCGGGUCAGCCACUUUGAAUAGAAGGAAGAAAAAUGCUCUGGUGGCAUUACGAAAUGACAGCCUCCGCCACAAGAAACCACACAUUAACAUCAGUAUGCCUCAUGAUUUUAGACCAGUGUCCUCCAUCAUUGAUGUGGAUAUCCUUCCAGAAACACACAGACGAGUAAGACUAUACAGACAUGGAUGUGAAAAGCCUCUAGGAUUUUAUAUCCGAGAUGGAACUAGUGUUCGGGUGACCCCCCAUGGUCUGGAGAAAGUGCCAGGAAUCUUCAUUUCCAGAAUGGUACCAGGAGGCUUGGCGGAGAGCACUGGUCUGCUGGCUGUGAACGAUGAGGUUCUGGAGGUAAAUGGUAUUGAGGUAGCUGGGAAGACUCUUGAUCAGGUCACAGAUAUGAUGAUCGCAAACAGCCACAAUCUAAUCAUUACGGUUAAGCCAGCCAACCAAAGAAACAAUGUUAUCCGGAGCAGCCGGAUGUCUGGCAGCUCUGGUCAGUCUACAGACAGCACGGCCAGUCACCAUAGCUUGCCGUCGGCUCACCUACUACAGAAUUUUAACCCAGAUGAAAUGGAGAGUGACGAUGAUGCAGAUAUUGUUAUUGAAGGUAGCCUUGAGCCUCGCAACAUUCCCAAAUCUCACAGCCUACCGUCGGGAAGCCUUUCACGGAUCAAUGGCACCAGCCUUAGCCACAGGUUAGAAAGAGACUUGACUCUUAACCAUUCUGGGCGUGAGAGUAAUGGAAGUAUCCACAAAAUUCUGAGCAGCUUGAAGGCUGACCCAAGGAACAGCUUGGUCAUACCCAAAGGAGGCAUCGAGGAAGAUGGCACUGUUAUUACACUUUAAACAUACUGCCUGUUGCUAUUGGCAUAUAGUUCAGUGUUGAACAUGCAGGAUACAUGUUGGACCUUUUUAAAGAAAAAAAAAAACUUUCAAACCUGAACACUUACGUGCGAGUUAGAUAUUGAGUGGUACCUAAUGAAAUCUUUAUUUUUUAGUUUUAUUCUAUUACUGGAAAGUGGUUUGCUUUGACACUGUCUUAUACCUGUGUAAUAAAAGAAAAAAAACCUCAGCUGCCCUUUCCUGCACAGGUUCCAUUACCAAAGCAUCUCUUCAUACCAAGCCCUAAUGGAUUUGUAUUUUCUUUUUUUUUCCCCCCAAGGCCACCCUUUGGACAAAAUGGCACUGGGUUAUUCUACAAGCCCCCCCGGUAUUUCUGUGGUACAUAUUUUUACUUAUUUGCUUGUAAAUAUCUUGCAACAGGCUAAAAAUGAUGUCAUUUUACAAUCCCUGUUGCCGUCUAUUUUAAAGAAAAAAAGCAAGUCUGUGCAACUUGCAUGAUGAAAACUUAGCUCAACGCCACCACCUGCUGGUCAAAGGUGGUAAACAAAAGACGAGUAAUGUGAAAUCUGACCCAACCAGAGAAGUUCAUUCACAAUCCAUUUGUUAUGUCUCUGUGAAUAUUGUGGCUUUACAAUCACAUGCUGCCUACAUCAGAAACAAUCUAUUCUUCUUAGAACACUAGUGAAAAAUUCCGUGAACUGGGCUUCCGUUAUCUCACAGUGCCUUGUUUGUGUAAUACACUGUGGGACCUUAAGGAGUUAUUGGAAAGGCCUAAACACUCUCCCCCAAUGAACAAUUCUAAUCGAUCACUGUUAAAACGAUUGAUCACCUGUGUACUGUACAUGAAUGACAAAGGUAUUUUUUAUUCUUGGUGAAUGCUGUCUGUACUAUACAAUAAAUGUUAUUUUACAGAGAUAUUUUUUAUGAACAGAAGAAAAGUUAAAUUAUAAGUAUCAAUUGCCCCUUUUUAGAUAUGGUACUAACAGGUUGGAAACGAACGUGUUCGGUUUAUCCGAUUGCCUCCAAAAGAUAUGAUUUAGCUUUAUCACCUUUAAUCUGUUUGGUCAUAACUGUGUCCGAGGUCCUCAAACUUAAAGCACCACUAAUAUGAAAGAUGUUGAAUAUGUUUGAAUUAUCUGCUAGGAAUUCAAUGACAAGAAGUCUUCCCUACAGUGUCUUUUAUUUUGUAUUCCCUGCUGCAGUGUUCUUCAGAGAACCGGCAUACCUCUAUGAAAAACAAUUAAGGACUUGAUUAGUUAUUAGGAAAAUCUAAAAAACACAUUCCAUUCUUUUUAUUUAAGACUUGGCAUGAUACAAAUUGACAGCUCUUGUUUUUUAUUCUUUUGUACUUAAAGGAGUAUGAUAAAUAAAGUCAGAACAAUAAACUGC